GGAGUUUCCGCUUCUUUUUUUUCCGGUGAGCCUGCGGGCAGCAGUACUGCGGCGUCAUUGUGCUCGGAGGGAAACGCGUGGUCAGCAGCAGCUCCGUGGGCUCUCGGUAUAUGGUGGUGUGUGAGUUUGGACUUUGAAAAGCAAGCAUGGAUGCAGAGAAGAAUGAAGUGUCUGAACAAAAGCAAGAGGAGGCCGUCGUGGAAAAAGAGGUAAAAGUGGAGGAAGACUCGACGAAGCCUGAGAACCAGCCAGCUGCUCCUGCGGAGGAGGAGGAGGCGCAGGCGGUGAGCGGUCAGGCUGCAGAUGUGGCCGGCACAAAAGAAACGGGAGAGCCGGCCGCGGCGGGAGAUCAAGAAGUGACGGUUGUGGACCAGUCUAACGAGGAGCCAGAGCCCAGCGGGGUGGCACCGCCGGAAUCUGCAGAGUCACCCGAACAGGCUGCAAAUUCAGACGCAAAACCGGAGAGCCCCGAAGAGCAGCACGUGCCAGAGAACAUCCCAGAGCCUUUACAAACGCAGCAGGCAGAGAGUGCCCCUGAACCAGAGCCAGAGAAGCCAGCAGAACUGGUCCCAGAGUCAGAACCGGAGGAGAAAUCUUUACCUGCGCCAGUCGAAACGGAGCCACCGAUUGUUGUCGAGAAGGCACCUGAACAGGUGAAGGUUGAGAGAGAACUGCACGCCACAGCCGAAGCUGCGCAGGAUAAAGUUGUUUCCUCAGAGAAGCCAGCAGAAGCGUCGGCUCAGGUUGAAAGUGGAGAAUCUGCAGAGAGUCAGAAAGAAGACAAACCUGAGCCCGCCGCUCAGACGGCAGCUGAAGCUGUGAAAUCUGAGCAGGAGCCUCCGAAGGAAGAAAACAUAGUCCCUGCAGCCGGCUCUCUGUCUUUUGCCAUUUUGGAACAAGAGGAGACCAAAGACGCCCUGAGGAUCUCCCGCACCCUGGUUGUCCUCAGAGGCCUGCCAGGAAGUGGUAAGAGCUUCCUGGCGCGAGCCAUCGCCGACGCCUACAAAGACCAGUGUUCAGUUUGCUCCGCUGAUCAACAUGGUGUCAAACCAGAGAAUCCAAAGUCCUCUGCCGAUGGCUACAAAGCUCUGGAUGAGGCCGUCGUAGGCCUCUGCAGCGACGCCAGCACGUCCUCCUUGCUGGUGGUGGUGGACGACACCAACCACACCCCCGACCGUCUGGCUUCCCUGGGAGAGAUCGCCAAGGAACACAAUCUUAUCGCCCUCUUCUUGGAGCCGCAAACCGAAUGGAGCAGAGAUUCAGCUCAGCUGAAGGGGAAGACCAGCCGAGGACUGGGGGAGGCCCAGCUGGAGGCAAUGAAAGGUCCGCUUGAAGAGACAUCCCUCCCUCUCUUCUACGGUUGGUUUCUCCUGCCGUCGGUACGGGAAAGGGUCAAGUGCACGGCCAUGGACUUCCUGAAAACGUUGGACACUUUGGAGGAGUUCAAAAGCCACAUGGCUGACUUCACAGGAAAAGCUGAGAAGGAGGUGGACCUGGAGCAGUACUUCGAUGCCAAGACGGCCCUACAUUGCACUACCAAAUUCUGCGACUACGGAAAAGCUAAUGGUGCCAAAGAGUACGCACAGAAUUCUGCUGUUAUCAAGUCCUAUGGUUCUGUGUCUGAGCUGUCCCUGACCGCUCUCUUCAUCACUCCUCGCACCGUCGGAGCCAGGGUGUCCCUCACCGAGGAGCAGCUUCAGCUCUGGCCAGCCGACGGCGAAAAAGAGGCGGAGUCCGCCGUCCCCGAAGCCGCCUCCCUGCCCGCCGGGAGCCGCGCCCACGUCACCCUGGGCUGCGCGGAGGGCGUCGAGUCCGUCCAGACGGGCGUCGACCUGCUCCAGAUCCUGGCCCUGCAGCAGCCGGAGGAGGCGAAGGAGAUGGAGCUGGGCUCGCUCAGGUACUUCGGCGAAGGCAGGUGGAUGCUCGACCUCAAGGAGCCCAUCAGAGCCCUGGCGUGCUUCUCCAGCUUCUACGGACGCAGGGAGGUCAAGCCGACCAAAAAGGAAAACGAAAAGAAAAAGAAGCUGAAAUGUGCCAUUCUGUAGAUCCACACGUGAAACGUUCGGUACAUGAAAGCCGAGGCUUUUCUUUUCGCAAGGUUUGUGUGUUUGUGCAGCAUUUAGGGUUUCAGUUGUAGGCAGCCUAAAUCCACAAGCUCUGUGCCUUUUUUUUUUACAUAAAUUUGCACCACAACCUAAGAUGCCUUUUGACUGACUUCUCAGUGUGGUUCAGUUUUGUUCUGUCAGUAAAAGUUACGUUAGCUGCCGUUUUGUUCGCCUAGCAUAAUCCACCACUUACCUGAAACUUAGACUUCGUCUUCUACACAGCAGUGUUUCUCUGUAUUCAAAUGUGAAACUAGGUACUUGUACUGCAUGCAUUCCUGUUUAACUGUAUUAACACAUGACUAAUCUGUUUAAUAUAACUCUCUCUACAAUGGUUUCUCCUGCCAUGUUACACUUCUAGAGUACUGACAUUUCCAUGUUUUGUGAAGUAAUGUUGAUUAUGAUAUGGGCCAAAGUUGUGUUAAAACGAAUUGUCAUUUGUAGAGAUCCUUCCUUGUUGAGUCUUUGCAUUGUUCAAGAGGGAGAAUGCUUAAUAAUUUGGCAUUUGUUUCUGAAGCUUGCACUUAGUACUGAUGAAAUGCUGUGAAUCUAAGUCCAUGUUUUGCAAUCAUUUUUACUGCGUAAUCCCCUCUUGAAGAGUACCUCCAUGUACCGCGUUUCGAUUUGUAGCUGUAAUUUUUGAAGUCCUACUUUACGUAGUUCUUAAGAAUCACUAUUUUUGCACUUGUUUUGUACACUUGAUAAAAAUAAAAUGCUUUUGCUCCAGUAA